UUUUCCCUUGCCCUUAAACAGCCUUUCUUCAGCGAAAUAAGGAGAAAUGGGGGGCAAGUCUGCUACCAAGGCCGCUUACUUCGAGAAGCUCAAGGCCCUUCUCGAUGAGUACAAGACCGUCUUCAUUGUCGGUGUCGACAAUGUCAGCUCCCAGCAGAUGCACGAGAUCCGUGUCUCUCUGCGUGGUGAGGGUGUCGUCCUGAUGGGUAAGAACACCAUGGUCCGCCGUGCCAUCAAGGGCUUCGUCACCGACAACCCGGAGUACGAGCGCCUGCUCCCCUUCGUCAAGGGUAACGUCGGUUUCAUCUUCACCAACGGUGACCUCAAGUCCACCAAGGAGAAGAUCCUGGCCAACCGUGUCGCUGCUCCCGCUCGUGCCGGUGCCGUUGCCCCCGCUGAUGUCUGGAUUCCCGCUGGUAACACCGGUAUGGAACCCGGUAAGACCUCUUUCUUCCAGGCUCUCGGUGUCCCCACCAAGAUUGCUCGUGGUACCAUUGAAAUCACCACCGAUCUGAAGCUCGUUGAGGCUGGUGCCAAGGUCGGCCCCUCCGAGGCCACCCUGUUGAACAUGCUCAACAUCUCUCCCUUCACCUACGGUAUGACCAUUUCCCAGGUCUACGACCAGGGUCAGACCUUCGGUGCCGAGGUUCUCGACAUCGAGGAGUCCCAGCUCCUCGAUGCCUUCAGCGCUGCCAUCAAGACCAUCACCAGCAUCUCUUUGGCCGCUAACUUCCCCACCCUUCCCUCUGUCGUCCACUCCGUGGUCAACAGCUACAAGAAGGUUCUCGCUGUUGCCAUCGAGACUGAGAUCUCCUGGCCCGAGAUUGAGGAGCUCAAGGACCGUAUCGCCAACCCUGACGCUUACGCUUCUUCCGCUCCCGCUGCCGCCGCUGCCCCUGCUGGCGGUGAUGCCCCCGCUGCCGAGGCCCCUGCUGAGGAGGCUGAGGAGUCUGACGAGGACAUGGGCUUCGGUCUUUUCGACUAAGCGUCUCGCGUCUAGUUUGCACGUGACAUGCACACCAUGUUUUAGAUAUCUUUCUUGCCAGUCUUGACGAUUGGAUGAAUGAAAUGAUUUUCAUGGUCAUGAAUGUUGUGAUCCUUCUCUCAUCUACAUAAUGGAACGUAGUCUACGCUCCAUUAUAUGAUGAAUCAACAAAGGUGAGCUUUUUUUUUUUCGAAAUCUGUCUUUCAUGCACACUUUCCUUCGGUGGAUGAUGAUCCUUUUUAACUCGUAGCUACGGCUUUGAAGAUCAAAAACAGCAACAACUUACACUCUAAUUUUUUGCUGACACCUCUGUUACCCUUUCACUUUUUGUUACUCACGCUCUUGAGGCAACCUGAAGGCUAACAUCAAUUGAAAAUAGGUCUGCGUUGGUUCGUCGUAGGACGUAAAGCCAGCUUCUCGAUCCACACCUUGACUGAGUGUCUUGCCAAAGUCUAUGUGUAGGUUGAGUGAUGCGCUUGUAGAAGUUUAGGAAUAUUGGG